UUUUUUUUGUUUGUUUGAGUUUUCUUGUGUGCGAGUGAGUGUCGUCGGAAUUUGUAGAUCUCAAUAAAAACAAGAAAUAAACAAGUUUUGUGUUGAUAGUUUACCGUAAACGAUAUCAAUAUAGUUUUUAAUACCUUUACUUUUAGUGGUUUAACUCUAAGUAUAAACUAAGCAGUGGUUUAUCUAUGUUUUAGUGUUUAAAUUAAGUGACAAUUGAAAAAUUCAAGUGACUCCUUGAAAUAAUUAAUAAGCAACAAGUCGAGUGUAGUUUUAUGUAAAUAGUGAAUCAUUACAAACCCACAAGGAUUACCAUUGCAUGAGGAUUUCCAUUCGUUACUGAAUUCCACACACCCAUUAUUGUGCCGCUACAAACGACAUAGUUAUGGAGCCGUGUUAGCACGGAGCCGGCGAGAUGUGGUGUUACGUCGGUCUACUGGGCCUGCUGGCCACCGCCCAUGCCCUGCUGCUGCUGGAAGGACCCAAUGUCUGCACGAGACAGAUACCAUUCACGACAACAAUCCGCGUCUCCGAGCAGCAACCCUACCAAGUGAAGGAGUACACCUGGUGCUUCAACUUCCCCCCUCGCUGUUCCAAGUACAAGAUCAAGUUCCGCCAAGUCUUCAAGACACAGACUCUGGUGAAACACAGACCGGUAGAAGAGUGCUGUGCUGGAUACGCUCCGGAUACUAAAGGGGAGCAAUGCUUGCCUGUGUGCGUGGAUAAAUGCGUGCACGGGAAAUGUGUAGCGCCAAAUACGUGUGCGUGCGAGCACGGGUAUGGAGGACCCGCGUGCGAUAUCUCCUGCCCAGACGGCAAAUGGGGCCGGGAGUGCCAGCACGAGUGCCGCUGCCUCAAUGGCGGCACCUGCGAACCUCUCACCGGCGAAUGCGCGUGCGCGCCCGGCUGGCGCGGCGACGCGUGCGAACGUUCGUGCUCGCCACGAACGUUCGGGGACAAUUGUGACCAGACGUGCCAGUGUCGGAAUAAUGCGACGUGCGACCCGUUUAGUGGCGCUUGUGAUUGUGUGGCCGGGUUUACUGGCGCUUUAUGCGAGGAGCCUUGCCCGGACGGGGGCGCGUGUCCGCAGCUGUGCCGGUGUCAGAACGGGGGCAAGUGCAACCUGAUUACUGGGGAAUGCAUGUGUACCGCCGGCUGGACCGGGGAAGUUUGUGCUAAUAGAUGCGGCUCAGGGCGAUGGGGCGAGCGAUGUGAGAACACGUGUCAAUGUGCCAACGGAGCCGGCUGCCAUCACGUCACCGGGAAAUGCCAGUGUGAACCUGGGUUUACUGGCGAAAAGUGCCUAGACACCUGCCCGAUCGGCACGUACGGCGUGGAAUGUGCCUCCAAAUGCACAUGCGAACACGGAGGCGAGUGCUCUCCUAACAACGGCUCCUGCACCUGCAAGCCUGGGUGGAAGGGAGACAACUGCAGUCUCAGAGCUUGUCCCGAUGGGAAGUGGGGCCCGGCCUGCCAGAAGGACUGCGAAUGUGAUCCGGAUACUACUGACAUGUGCGACCCGUGGUCGGGCGAGUGCGACUGCGCAGCGGGCUGGGGCGGCGCGGCGUGCGAGCGGCAGUGCCCGCUGCUCACGUACGGCAAACACUGCCAGUCCGCCUGCCGCUGCGAGAACAACGGCCACUGCUCGCCGGCCAACGGUUCCUGCCUCUGCGCCCCCGGCUACCGAGGCUCCCGAUGCGAACAAUCCUGCCCCCCCGGAGUGUACGGAGACAACUGUGCGGAUACAUGCGAGUGCGCCAACAACGCGACCUGCUCGCACGAGACCGGCCAGUGCGACUGUCCCCCCGGAUUCGAUGGUAUGAAGUGCGACCGACCCUGCGACGGCAAGAGGUUUGGCCUGAAAUGUCAACAACGAUGCGACUGUGAGAAUAAUGCGCCCUGCAACCCUGUUAAUGGUGAAUGCGUCUGCCCACAAGGCUUCACGGGCAAGCGGUGUGAACAGAAAUGCCCAAUAGGCUACUACGGGCAGAACUGUGCUUUCGCUUGCAACUGCAGCGAACAUGCAGUCACGUGUCAUCAUAUAACUGGACACUGCAUCUGUGAAGGAAACUGGAGAGGCGUCCAAUGCGAGACCACCUGCGCCGACGGCACCUACGGCUCCAACUGCUCGGAACGCUGCCCGUGCGUGAACAACAGCAGCUGCGACGCCGCCAGCGGGCGCUGCGCCUGCGCGGCCGGCUGGCGGGGCGCGCGCUGCGACCUGCCCUGCCCGCCCGGCUCCUACGGCCGGGACUGUGCGCAGCGCUGUUAUACUACAGACAACUCAACCGCGUGCGACCCAGUAACCGGUGCCUACACGUGCCCCUCCGGGUUCACGGGGGCACGCUGCGAGUACCCGUGCCCCCUGGGGACCUACGGGAUGCACUGCGCCAGCCGCUGCGACUGCAGGAACGGCGCCGACUGCCAUCACGUCACAGGUGAAUGUCAAUGCGGCCCCGGCUGGCGUGGCCCCCGCUGCGCCCUAGCGUGCCAGGCGGGCUGGUGGGGCGCGGGCUGCUCGCAGCCGUGUCGCUGCGCGCCCACCGCCCAGUGCCGCCCUCACGACGGCUACUGCCGCUGCCAGCCUGGGUACACGGGGCACUAUUGUACACAAUUCUGCCCCGAAGGCUACUACGGCGACCACUGCAUGGAGGUCUGUUCAUGCCCGACCACGGGCAACUGGGCGUGCGACCCCGUGCAGGGCUGUGCCUGCCGCCGCGGGUACAUCGGCGAGGCCUGCGACGCCCGCGCCGCCGACGCCAUCGUUAUCGACCAGGCUAGAGGCUCAUCCAACACGGGCCUCACAGUGCUCAUGGUGCUCCUAGUUCUACUGGUCCUGGCGGGGGCGGCGCUACUGCUGCUGUACUACCGGCGGCGCGUGCGCAACCUGAAGCGGGAGAUUGCGCACGUGCACUACACGCACGAGCCUGAGAGGCAGCCAGACCAACACUUCGACAACCCGGUCUACUCGUUCCAAACGUCGGUCCGCGGGGACGAUUCCACUACUCUGCUGAACAACGCACACCAUAUACACAACAACUUGGGCGGGGGAAAGCUGACUAAUACUCAUGUGGAGAUGCUGAGAGCUAGGGCCAGUAGCUCGACUAAUUCUAGCGACACAUACGAUCCGCUAUCAUCGCUCAAGAACAAGGACGCGGACCUGACGAACCCGAACCUGUACCACUGCAUCGAGGAGGACAACAAGUUGGACCACGUCUACGACGAGAUCAAACAGAAGGAGGGAUUCGAAAUGGAAUACGACCACCUAAACUACACGCCGCCGGCCAACAAAUGGAAGCCGCACUACCAGCGGAUGACCAACGGCUUCACCUCCCCCCCCGCACAGCCCGUGCCCCUCCCGCGCAACGCCACUCCCACGCCCCCUAUACCGCCAUUGCCGAAACUAAAAGUCGAAGUGCCGAAGAUGACAGUAGAAGUGCCGAACAUGACAGAAGAAGUGCCCAAAGAGGAUACGGAUAGCGUAGACACAGCGCCGAUGUUGCCAGACGAUGAAACGCCGGCCCCAAUACCCCCUAAAAGGGAGGGCGUGGCCGAACCGAGUAGCAGUGAAGCGGAAUGACAUAUAGUGCAAUUUAGAAAUUAUGGUAAGAGAUAUCAUGAUUUUUUGUAGGAGUUUUAAGUUCAAAGCGCUUUUUCGCUAGUUGGGCGGAGGUAGCUUGUUCCUUGAUUUGUCGUACACAGGUUAGAAACUGGUAUUUUAAAUGUGAUGGGAGUAGGUCGCCGAUUGAAGAUGAUGAUGAUGGUCAGAGAACGUAUAAGCAAUAUAAUUUUAUAAUUUGGUAUUUUGUGUAUGCUUGUUGAAUUGAAAGAAGUUUUAAGAAUAAGCGUAGCUUCAAUAUUUUAGCAGCUUUAAUUUUGUUUAAGAAUACGAAUCAGAAAUAUAAAAGUUUGAUAUUCAAUUUAUUAACUCUCUAUUGUGUGUUGAGACAAUAUAAUAAUGUACCUAUUAUGGCAGGGCACCUUCUUUUUUUUGCAGCUUUGAUUCUUCUUACAAACUUUCAAGUCCUACCUGAAUACCUUUAGAUUACCUAAGUCGAAUAAUAUCCUAUAUGUACCUAUGUUAUGUAUGUAAAAUUAAAUAAAUAGGGUACCUAUGCAUGAGUGACAAUGAUAAUGAAUGUAUUCGUAAGUGAUCUCUUGUUCGUAAUGAAGUUUUUUUUUAUUUACUCAUUUAUUGUAUGUAAGUACCUAAUGUACUAGUAUCAUGCCAUAUCUUCACAGGUUGUGUCAGUAUUAGGUAUGCGUCUUUGUAACUGACGAACAUACUUCAUAUAAAUAAUAUUAAUGCAUUAUUUGUAUUGUAUUUCAUGCGCGUAUGUUCAAUACCAAAUAACUGCAGAAAAAAUAUAAAUUUACAUAAUUAUUAUUCAAUCAGCAUUGUAGAUAAAUAAUAUUUUAUCCUUGAAAUUUUAAUAAAAUUAAAACACAGAGUGUUAAAAAAGAGGUAGGCAAAUAGUCAGCUCAGAAUUUACACGACUUUACAAAAGUCGUAGAUCAAAAUUUAUUUACCACCCCCUCUAGCUAACUACACUACCCUUGCAACACCGUGUAUAAGUAAACGUCUACAUAUCGUUGUAAAAAAUUUGCAUUUUAUGCUUUUAAAUUUAAUCAUUAAUGUGGAUUCACUUGUUACAUUCCACAAAUUUCAUAUUUAUUAUUACGUUAACUUGUACCCGCAAUGUUCCAUUCUAAUUCUAGAUUAUUGUUGUAGAUCUUGGCUGAUAAAUUCUAUUUUAUAUUUUAUUUAUUGAUAACACUUUAUUUUACCUAAUUAAAAUUCUCACUUAUAAAUCUUUUAUUGUAAAUAAUUAGUAUUAAGCAAACGGAUUACAAAAAACAUAUUUUUAAACAUUUACAUUGUGAACUGAUUUAUAGCGAUUGAAUAAAUUCAUUUUAUGAAUUGUAUUUUUUUAAAUAGACUUUCAAUCGAAUGUGUUUUUUUGAAAUGUAAUAUUAAGGUGUACGGUCAGCUGCAUAAGUAGCUAUACACUUCUGAUCCUUGUCAAACUGGCGAACCGUGAAUGUUUCAAUGAAUUGAUAAGCGAGUUCCAGAGAUAUGUUUACUUGUCUAAGGCGGGUUCAGAUUGACAAGGUACAAAGUGUAUAGCUACAUAUGCAGCUGACUGUACGUUAGGUGUAUUUUUAAAUAUACGAAUGUAGGUAUUUUAGGUGCGAGUUAAGACCGAAAUCUUGCUCAAAAAGUGCCAAUUAUUUAGUGAAUAACAUCUUAGUAUUUAAUGCAGAAUCAUUAGAAAACACCGAAUACUCCCCCGUAUGAAAAUAACGAUACUUACAAAUAAUUUAUGUAGAUGUUUGUAAGAUAUAAAGUUCAUAAAGAGUGUAUUAAAUUUAAAAGAAAUGUAUUGAAUUCUGAUACCACGAGUUGUUGAAAAUCUUUUGUACUUCUAUGUUUGCACAGACCUAUUCAGUCACAAAUCUAGACCCAUUCAAUAUCCCCCGUGUCACGCGGAAAUCGCUCUUGUUUCCAGCACAUAAAGCUUAGCUAUAGCUGUAUUUUGGCCAUUCAACAUGUACAAACAAACUCAUGUAACUCAUGCGUGUAAGAAAUUACAAGAACAAAUUUCAAUAUUUGUUUUAACAAUAAAUAGUAAUUUAUGAAUCCACGCUUUUGUUCUUUUGUACGGGUAAUGCCCAUAUAAUUAAUAUUUAAAAACAAUGAACACUAGCUUUCCAAUUACGCAGUGGAUUUGGAAGUUUUAAUCGCGCACUCUUGUAAUCAAUUUUUUACGUGCAAAUAAAUCUUAAGUUUCGAUGUAGUGAUUUCCCUCUCUGAUUUUAGACUUCAGAAUUGAAUGCAUUUAUACUUACUGUUGGCUCUGUAGGAUGGGGCGAAUGGCACCCUGUCAUCUAGGAACAUUAUA